AUGGGCAGCCGGAGCGCUGCGGACGACGACGACGCGCCCGUGGCCAUGGAGGACGUCGCCCGCGCCCGCGGCUUUGAGCUCAUCGCGCGGUCCGUGUACGUGCCUCCGAUGGCGCGCCCGCACGCCGUCGAGACCGACCUCUGCUUUUGCUCGCGGCCCGACACGGACGACGACGGGACGUGCUGCGACGAGACAUGCAUCAACGUCGCCACGUACACCGAGUGCCCGCGCGGGCGGUGCCCCUCGGGGAGUGCGUGCCGCAACCAGCGACUGCAACGCCCCGAGUCCUUCCCGACGCUCGAAGCGUUCAAGACGGAAAGCAAGGGCUAUGGGGUCCGGACGCGCGUCGCGAUUGAGCGCAAUGACCCCAUCGGCGAGUACGUGGGCGAAAUCAUCGACCAGAAGGAGCUCCAGCGGCGCUGCGCGGGCCUUGGCCGCCACGAGACCAACUUUUACUACAUUCAAGUCGAGCCCGGCGUCUUCAACGACGCCCGUCACCGCGGUGGCUUUACACGCUUUGUCAACCACAGCUGCGACCCGAAUUGCAAGGUCGAAAAGUGGAUCGUCGACGGCGAAAUGCGCUUCCUCGUCUACGCGCUGCGGGCGAUUGCACCUAUGGAAGAGAUCACGUUCGACUACCAGUGGCAGGUGAUCGGCACCAUGCGCAUCACGUGCCACUGUGGAGCAGCGACGUGCUCGGGCUACAUCGGCGAAGACGUCGCGCUGCCCGAAGCCCACGGCGUCUUCAAGGAGCCGACCGACGCCGACCAAGGCUUCCAGCUCGUGCACCGCAAGAUUCGCGUCUUCGAAUCACAUCGCGACGACGCGCCCUUCCGCGUCCUUCGCGUCGUCGAGUACGACCCAGAGACAGCCCGUCACCACGUGCAAGUCGACGACGCCAGCGCGACCGAGACGAUCAAUCUCUCGACGCUCAAAUACCAAGUGUACUUGGACUUUGAAGGGCUCUCGGACGACGAGAUUCGGACACACAUCUUUAGCAUCCCCAAGGUACAGCGACCGCCGCCACGACGCCGCACGACGCGCUGGGACGUCAAGACGCCCGUGAACAUCGAGGCGCCGGCAGCGAGUCCGCCGCCCGAGCCCCCGUUCGUCGCCAAGGCGUCGCCACUGUGCCAUACCAAGCUCUUUGUCAAGAACCUCGACAAAGUCUGCAACGAAGAGUACUUUCGCCGCAUGCUAGGCGGCCGCGCGAGCACGCUCGUCUCGUUCGACGCGUUCGAAUACGACGCUGCGAACGGGUCGACGUGGGCGCUGCUCGAGUUCUCGGACGCCAAGGUCUACGACGCGAUGCGGGCGCGCCUCGACAACCGGCGGCUCGCGAGCUGCGUCGCGCGCGUCAUCGAUGCGUCCGAGCGCGACGUGCAGCACUACGAGAAGACCAAGUUCUUUGGUCGUCCGUCCCGCCACGUCGCGAUGUCGCCCGUGUCGCCACCGCCACCAGAGACGCCGCGCUUGAGCUAUGCGUUUGGGCGGAACCUGCACUGGUUUGUCAAAGACGUGUCCGACUCGCCGUCGCGGCGCCAUGGCAUGUCGCCGGCCGUCGAGCACUCGCUCCGCGAGAAGUGCACCAACAUCAUCCUCAAGGUCGCCAUGAAGUUGCGCUGCGAGCGCGAAGACAACGUAGCGGCCAUCGUGCUCUUCUACCGCUACAUCAGCAUCCAGCCCAUGAACGCGUCGACGAUCGAGUGGGUCGCCGCCGCGUGCCUCCACGUCGUCCUCAAGUGCCACGCGCGGUCGAUCGAUUGGCAGAAAUUCACGUCGUGCAUCUACGCGGUCCGGUACCCCGGUGCACGCAUCGACGCCGCGGAUGCCAUGCGCCUCGUGUCGCGCCAGCUCCUCGCGAUGGAGAGCGUCGUCCUCGAAGGCGUCAUGUACGACGUGAGCAGCCAAGACCCGUACUCGCUGCUCGACUUUUACAUGAAGCGGCGUGGCAUCCCGAUCGCGAUUGAGGUGCAAAAGGACGCCAAGUACCUCCUCGCCGACUCGCUCUCGCACACGCUGUGGAUGCAGUGCUCGAUCGAGACGAUCGUGCUCGGCGUUUUGUACGUGGCGUCCGCGCACGACUCGCUCAAGCGCACGGACGCGGCCGGCGGCGAUGGCCACCCGUCGCGUCCCACGAGUCGGUAUCCGGUCGAAGUGCUCCCGGCGGUCGAGCCAAAGUACUUUGGCAUGUGGUCGGCGGCGACGCGGACGUUGGCCAAGUUUUUUAGCUUCCAGCUGUAUCGCGACGGCGACGCCGAGGUCUACUGGAAGCGGCUGCUCGCGCGCCUCGAGCUGUGGUCCCGCCAUCCUGACUUUAGCGCCGACGACAAGGCGCGCAAGUACCCGCCACUGGAUCGCUCCUCGCACCUGCCGCCCGCGGGUGCCGUGAAGGACUCGCCGCGCCUUCUCACCACCGACAUGGAGCGCGCUGUGCGCAUCCGCAAGCGGUCGUACCUCGCGACCGUGCGCGCGAACGUCGAGUGCGACCUUGCCAACCGUGACGUGUACCUGCAGCCGUGGCCGUACCGCGACCCGACCAAGCUCGUGCACGAAGAGACGGGCAUCGUCCAAGUCGCCCUGCAGGAAAUCGCUACCGUCAUGAACCUCCACGUGCUCGAGCCGUCGCUGAUUUUCAAUCUCCUCGGGCUCGUCUUCCCCGACCCGAAAGCCGCCACAAAGCGCCGCCAUGCGCCCAGUACUGACCCAGAGCUCCGCACUCUCAGUCCGCCGUCCCCGUCCGACGACGCGUCGCUGCCCGUGGGCGCCCAUUACUUGGCGUUCGAGCGACCACUGCACUUGUACUCGUCGCUCCUGGAAGCUAAGGUCAAGAUCCCGUACCCGAUCCGGAAGCGCGCGGUCCUCGACCUCUUUCGCAGCGUCGCGCUGUGCCACGACCACAACAUCGUCCACCGGUCCAUCUCGCCCUCCAACUUGUUUGUCUUCAAAGAUGGCGUCAAACUCGGUGGCUUCUACAACGCGCGACAUGUCAACACGAAGGGCGACCUCUCGGGCGGGUACGCGCUCAUGGACGGCGAGCACUGCGACCACACGCACGGCACGCUGCUGCAUGUGACGGCGCCCGAAGUGCUCCUCGGCGCCAAAGUCUACUCGAAGAAGGCGGAUCUCUGGGCCGCCGGCUGCGUCGCCAUCAACAUCCUCCUCGGCGCGCCGCUGAUUUGCGGCAAGGACUGGAAGAAGCAGAUCGAAUACAUCUUUCGCAUUUGCGGGUCGCCGCCUGACGAGUAUGCGGCGGGCGUCGACGCCGACAAGCUCGCCCAGUGCGCGCCGAAAGAGAAGUACGCGGUGCGCAUCCGCAAGGCGAUCCGGGAACGCGCCCCGACCUUCCCGGACGCGUACCUCCCGAUCUUUGAAUCGCUCUUGGACUUGGACCCGAAGCGGCGCAUGGCCGCGCGCAAAGUGCUCAAGUCGGAGCUCUUUGACGACGUCGACCACCACGUCGACUUUGACGUGUUUGCGAAUACGAUGGGCAAUCUCCAAGACAAGAUGGAAGCGGCGCCGGCCAAGCGCAAGGCCGGAAGCAGUAGCAGUACCAAGACGCAGACGCCGCCUCGGAAGAAGAAGGCGCGGAGCUAG